AAAAGAGAGUAAAGAGUUCAGUAGAAAUGAUAAACAAAAGUAUAAAUCACAAUUUUUAAAAUUGAAAGAGACAUUUAAAAUUGAAAAUCCCAAAUCGCACUUGGGCAGGUAGAUUGAAGUAUGCAGAGAAGUGGGGUGUCGCGGCCAAUUCGGCGGGCGUGGGCGUGGCUCUUCUUCUCUGAAAUUUGAUCAAUGGAAUCAUCGCAGUGGAUUCACUCUCUGUUUUUCCUCCUACUCGUCAUCGCCGCUUUGCAUCUCCUUCAUACCCUCACUCUAGCCCCCAGGCUCACCGUUAAUCACCGAAAUGCUCGUCUCAAGAAGCAGCCUGACCUCCCUCUUCGUUUCCGCUCCCACGAUGGCACUUUCAAGAUCCUUCAGGUUGCGGAUAUGCACUAUGGGAACGGCAAGGUGACGCGGUGCAGAGAUGUGCUGGAGACUGAGUUCGACAAUUGCUCCGAUCUCAACUCGACCAGCUUCUUGAGGAAGCUCAUACAGCUUGAAAAGCCCGAUUUGGUUGUAUUCACAGGUCAUUAGCUAAAAUUUUCAACUCUUGCAUAACCACUAAUGGCUUGAACUGCAUACAUGCAUAUCCAGAAGUUGGUGCUAAUUACCUUUUUGGGAAAA